GUGAAGUUUAAGAGUAGUACUGUAAUGGUAUGUACGUAUGGGUCAAUAGCUGUUAUAAUAAUUGUAAUAUCACACGCAUUGGCACUUACUAAACACGAGGACUUUUUUCCUAUCCACGCUAUAGUGUGAUAAACUUCAGCCUUCUAUGCUUUGAGGUUUUUUUGUCACAAUAGCGAAAUUUACAUGCAACCUUUAGCCUUCUAGACGCAUGAAAGUUACACUGACAACUAUUAUUACGGCACACGUAAAGUGGCAAAGCAUUGAUGCGAUACAGUCGGGAUUACACUCAAAUACUCUACAGUGCGUCCAUAAAUAGUUACCCAGCACCAGCCUUUUCCCUCGAGUAUUCCUCUUUUUGUUCCUGUAGCUCGAUCUCGCAUUCAUGAACUUGUCCCGAUCAACCUGGGCUUGUAUUUUGUUAUUGGUGCUAAGUCUGCUUCGAGCAGGCCAAGUGUACCAAUCAUCGAUCGCCGAGUUAUCAAGAGGAUUAACCACCCAAGACGCUCCCAUUGUACCUGAAACAACAGCACCUGAUUCUCGAAUUCCAGCCUACCGAUUCGAAGAAGAAGAAAAUGACCGAACUGUUCUAGACGACAAGAACUCAAACAUUUUUUAUUUCGUACAGGUGUCGGACCUACACUUAUCAAAGUACAAAGCUCAAGGCCACACCAACCAUUUUCUCCAAUUUAUGCACUCUGUACUGCCCAAUAUCAAACCUGAAUUGGUGGUCGUAACUGGUGAUUUGACGGAUGCCAAGGCCUCAGACGCUGUAAAAACCCAGCAAUACCCGGAAGAAUGGGAAAUGUACAAGGCAGUGGUGGAGCAGGGCGCAGGUGGAAUUCCGUGGUACGAUAUGCGUGGAAACCACGACGCAUUUAAUAUUGAGUCUUGGCAAUCCGAGCAGAAUUUGUAUCGGACUUACGGCAUGAGCGCCAAGCAGAUCGAAGUUGGUCAAGGCGUCUAUAGCUGGCAUGUGGAUAAACCAUUCGGCCAGUAUCAAUUUGUAGUUGCAGAUGCAAGUCCAAAGAAAGGGCCUGCUCGUCCUCUAAACUUUUUUGGUUAUCUGACCUCAAAAACAAUGGAUCAUCUCGCUUCCGCCAUUAUGACACCAACACGAUACAAUCACACGUUUGUGUUUUCGCAUUAUCCAACUACCACCAUGGUAUUUGGUGAAUCCAGUCACGGCUAUCGAUACAAAGAUCUGGCACAGCACAUGAGUGUAUAUUUCUGUGGCCAUUUACACCGGCUAGUAGCAGGGAUGGGGGAUGUUUUAAAAUCUUAUAAUGCACGGACCGAUUCACUCGAACUCGAACUGGCUGACAUGAAAGAUCACGGUGCAUUCCGGAUUGUCGCUAUCGACAACGAUCUUAUCUCAUUUGUUGACGCAGAGCUGCCUUUGUCGAAGAUUCAAAACGGUAUCCCGGCAUUAUCAGAGGGCAACAAAGUGAGCUGGCCUGAAAAAGUGCCAAUAGCACCUAUCAUCGUGAUCACCAAUCCCAAGGAUUCGCGCUAUGUACUGGGAGGGAAGGAACCAUACUAUCGAACUCGCAGAAGCACGCAUAUUCGAUUCCUUGUAUUCUCAGAAAGUGAACCAUCCCAGCUACGCGUUCGCAUUACAGUGGAUGGCUUGCACCAUCCAUUCCCUGCCAAAUUCGUUGGUACCUCCGAUACUCCAUUGUGGGUAUCGUCUUGGGAACCAAACGACUUCGAUGACCGGAACCAACACACGCUGCGCAUCGAAGUGACAUCUAAAACCACUGAUUUGACAGGCGAGUCAUCAGUGGACUACCGUAUGGACGAUGUCCGCCUGUCUAUUGGUGGAGGCUUUGGGGAAUGGCUGAUCGGACAUCAUGUGGUUACUCUAGUAAGUCGCUUAUCCGUUAUUAGUUCCCUUACAUACACUAUACCAAUAUAAAUCACACUUUGCGAACAUUGAUUGUAUUGAACUUGUUUUUUUAUAGAUAAGCGCCUUUACUAUACUAUC